AUGGCAGCUUCUUCCAAUCCGACAGAAGAAAAUUGGCAUCCGUCCAGUCUUCUUGCAUAUGACGCACUCCCGGAUCACCAGGACUUUGACUCCAUAAUAUCUGAUGCAAAAUUCACCGCUGAUACUGGAACUGAUUUCUACGGCCGUAGUCUGACGAGUCGCAGAUAUGCCCUUGUUGGGGUGGCAUGCUCAAGCAUUUUCGGCUGCCUAUGCGUUGUUGCAGGCCUUGUCACUUUAGCCAAUCACGGAGUCUCAGGAGUAACCCCGACCAAGAUGGGCACUGACAAUUGGUUGUUACGCGUGCAAUGGGAGAUAGUGACCUUGCUAUUAACCUUAAUUGUCACGUUUUGCACCGAGUCUAUAGGCUUUGUACACGACAUCUCAUUGCGCUCUGCACUAGCCUCAGAGUCUCGACUUCGUUUCAACACCAAUCUGCGCCUUCUGACUGCAGCUCGUGGAUGGUAUAACCCCAACGGCGCCCUGCUCAAUGGUGUCUCGGCUGUCCUCCUCAUUAUCUCCUAUAGCUCUGCCGGCCUUGUCGUAUGUGUCGACUAUUCAGCCCCAACCCCAUCGCCAGAUUGGGUGCUUGAGACGGGCCUUGCCUUCGCAGGGUUACCUCUCCUCUUGUUGGGUGUCGCACUUCUUCUGCAGGUGGUGAUCGCAUUAUCAGGGAUGCGGGCUGCCAAAAUUUUGACGUGGAGCUCCUCGCCUUUUGACUUGACCGCUGCACUGGUCCACCACACGCAAUUGACCCCGGUUUCUUUCCGGUGCAUGCGUUCAUGCGCUGGAUGGGCCGGAGUCGUCUUGUAUAUCCAGGACAAUGACGCCGACAUGGGAGUGACCAACCCCGCGCAGCCGUGGUCGUUUUUGCCAACGCCCGACGAGCGUCCCGGUACCAUCGUGUAUAAUAUUUCGGGUUCCAAUCUUCAGGGGUGGAUUCUGAUCUUCUUCAACGUGGGAGUUUUCCAGGGGCCGUUGACACUCGGGCUGCAUUGCUCGGAGCUCAUCGCGAAUGUCAUUCGAGAUGAAAGGCAGUGGAGAUGCGCUACCGGGAGGAAAGGAAUUAGAAUGGCGACAAACCCGCUGAAGUCUAUUUUCACUCAUCCGAUCUGUCUCUUACUUUUCGUCGUGAAGCCUUUCUUGCACUGGAUGUUUGGGCUUGGGUUCAAUAUAGAUGUCACCGCCAGUGGCGAGCAACUACCAAGUUUGCAGGCUUCCAUGAGCAUUGCCCAGAUCUGGAACUUAUGUAUAGCGCUAGUUAUAUUCGCCUGUCUCUUCACUCUUGUCGCACUGCGCCGACCGCGUGGCCCACAGCCAGCCACAUACGGGCACCUCCAGACGCUCGCCAACCUCGUGGAUGAAUGGUCAACUGUGAUGUGGUGGGGCCACAAAGAGGACGGAAUCCCUUAUUGUCAUGCUGGGACGAGUGAUCAUCCGCUGCAGGAUGUGAAGAUGGACUGUGUUUAUGCUGGUUCCGGCGUCGAGCCCCCUGCAUCUGGCUCGUGA